GUAUAAAAUAUUAGCAGAUGUAUUAUACACAUGUAAUGUGUCUUGCAAGUUCUAUUGCCAAUAAGUAAAAAAAAUAUUAUUAUAUUUUUUAAUGUUUUACAACUGGACAAUCCAACUAAGUAGAAUAUAAUAAAAAACUAAUUUGAGACAGCAAAAAGUACAAAUAAAUAAACUGAGGACCAAACCAGUUUUUGUGGACCAUUUUUUCCCCCACACAUUUCUGCAUUCUCUGUCCCACCGCGAUUUCGGGAAAUCUUGCUGUUCCUGUGUGUGAUUAAAGAGAUUAAUUAAAGAGAUUAAAUAUUCCCUCAGUUUAGUGCCGCAUUAUGCCACCUCACCUGCUUAUUAUUAGAUUAGGAAAGUCCAAUUCUGUGAAUUUACUUGCACACUGAGAAUGUACGGAAAAAUGUAAAAUAAAAUAAAAUACAAUACAAUACAAACAAUGAAGCAAGCGGAUAUGUACAUUUACUAGGUUAUAGUAUACAUUUGGAUAUAACGUUAAACUCCUACAGGGAAAUCCAUCUCUUCUCUAACAGUAAUUUACAGUCGAGCCUUGAGCGUUACUACAACCAGGAAUCAUGCGUCAUGCGGGGGAGCUUUCUUUCACUUCCGAUUUGAGGCUUGUACUGUAUAUAAGAUGUUGUGCGUUUGAUCACAAACAUAGUAUACCAACGAUUCAUUAUGCUGUGUCUUUUAAUAAUUUCAAGCUUCAUAACUGGAGCUUAUCCUUCAGAUAUUUUAGCACAAGGAGACAAAACUGCUUUGUUCGGUCAGGAUGCCUCACUAUCUUGUGCGCUCCCAAACGCAUCUGGAGUCAAACAAGUGACCUGGCAGCGGGUGCGCGCUGAUGAACGCGUACAAACUCUGGCCACAUUCAGUGAACGCUUCAAAGAUCAUGUGGAUUAUCAGUAUGUUGGAAAAGUCAACUUCACCGUGGCGUCAUUUAAUUCAACGUCUAUUGUGAUAAAAAACGUAACAUUUGAAGACGAGGCUUGCUAUAUUUGUUCCUUCCAAGUGUAUCCAGUAGGACCCAAACGGGAAACCUUGUGCCUCACUAUUAAAGGUAUAUCAGAAAUAACAGCAACAGUUAGUCCUGCACCCAACUCUGAACCAAAUAUUACAGUCUCAUGCUCAGCCACUGGUAAACCUACUCCAAUCCUCAAGUGGAAAUCCACAGAGAAAGAGCUGAACCUCAAACUAUUUAGGUCACAUAAUUUCACAGCACUCAACAAUGACAGCUCAUCCACCACUACAAGUAACCUCACACUUCCAAUGUCAAAGUUCCAAGGGAAGUAUCUAGAAUGUGUGGCUGAAAGUGGCAGUGUGGAGGACAGCUUCCCAAUCCAUGUGCUUGGAGAUGAUAAAGUGAACAAUGUUACAUCAAGAAACAAUAUAAUUACAAUUUCGGUCAUUAUCCUGGUUAUUUUCAGUAUUGUCAUCAUUACAGUCAUCUUCUUUCACACCAGGCUAAAUGGAGCCAUUUCUAGGAUGAAAUCUACGUGUGCAGCAUCAGAUCCUUCUCUAAAGCAGUUGGAAUAUUAAUUUAUCAGCUACCUCAGAAUAUGCAUAUUUGGCUUGUAACCCAAACUGAAUUGUGAAUGAGUACUUUUGGUUUCUAUCCUGUGUGUUAUUUAAGGCAAUCAUGAAUAUAUAUUUUUUUAUUAUUAUUAUUGUCUAGUUUUAAUAUUUUCAGACAUUUUUUUUAAAAUAGUUUAGUGUUAUUUAUUUAUUUUAAUUCAUGUUUACAUUAUAGUGUACAGAAUUCCAUUGAAUUAAUAUUGCUAAAAAUGUAGCUGUUUCUGUACUUUUUGGAAUUUCGAUCACUCCUUUGAGUGACUGUGUCUUUCAUAUGUUUAAAAACAUAUUAUUUAUAAUCACAUAUAAUUCAUACCUUGAAAUUCUCAGGACUCCUGCAUUUGCACUUUAAAACCCUUUUUUUCAUUGUAAUGCCAUACACUAAAUAUUUUUUUGUUCUUCAUAAUUCUUCUGAUUGUUUCUUCUUUAUUAGAGUUGAAUUUGAAACAGUAAUGCACUGUUUUAUGUUCAUCGUGAUGAAAAUGCUAUUUAUCUUUUUGACUGUCUGUCUUGUUGUCUUCCCACAAACCUUGAAGUCACACCUCAUAGUGGUAUUGUGUUUGAUCAAUGAGGGUGAUCCGAAAUGAACAUUAUGACCCAAUACAAAGAGAGGAGCCAAUCCCCAUUUUCAGGAAAAUUAAGUUACAGUAUGUGGCUUAUAGACAGGAAAAGUGUAAGUUAUGUGGUUUAUAGAAAGGAAAAGGAAAAGUUAUGUGGUCUCCUGACAAAAAGUCUGUAGGAUGCUGCUAUUACUACUAGCCUGUUUGUUUCCUGCAGUAGGUUUCCUAGAAAUGUCAAGCUGGUCCAAAGACAUUUUAGUCAUGAUGAAUGAGGACAACUGUGCUUGUGGCUCUAAUGGCUGAGAGGUGGAUAAAAAUGUUAUGUUACACUGGAUAUCUAGCCUUUAAUAUGUAACUACAUGCACUGGGUGUAUUAAAGGUGACUCAUAAAC